CAGGGCGUUCCAAAUAUCAAAAUUAUCAAUUACCUCCUGAGUUUGGUCGUCCUUCAGAUACGGAAACAUGGGAUGAAAUCUCAGAAUUCGCAUUUCAGAGACCGAAGUUCAUGUUUUUUUAUGAUAAAGCAUCAUUGUUUAGAAUGGCCGCAGGUCUUGGGGAGAGUGUGAUAACAGAGGAUAUUGAUUUAGACAUGUUGGAGUCUUGGAUUGCCAAUAAUGUAAAAGCAAAAAAUAAGUGA